UAUGCUGUUGCCUACGUGUAGCUGCACAGUCAGCUAAAUUUAGGGUGUGUGACGUACAUGUACAUGAACCUGCUGCGUCACUCUAGGAGGAAGUAAACGCUUCAUUUCCAGAGCCAUUUUGGGAGGGACAAGCUCUGGUGUUACAUGCUGCAAAAAAUUGUUCGAAAUUCAGCAAGAAACCUGACUUCAUUUUGUGUUCUUUCAAUUUGGACAGUACUUCAGACAUAUUUACUAAGGACAGUUGAGAUAAAAUGGCUUCUUCAAACCCGCCAAAGGUUUCAGCUAUUGAGAAAAUUGUCCAGAAUCAUCUGGAGUGUGGUAUUUGUUUUGACCCAUACAAGGACCCUAAAAUACUUGACUGUCUACACAGCUUCUGUAAAAUCUGUUUGCAGAAAUACCAGUCUACCAACUACAAAGAUGCUACGAUGCUUAUUUGUCCUCUGUGUCGAAAAAAGACACUACUUCAUCAGAAAGAUGUUCAAGCUCUCAAGACUAACUUCAACAUAACUGGUCUUGCAGAUCAACUGAAGCUGGUCAGCUUAUCUGAAAACAACCAGUGGGUUUGUAAACUAUGUAAGGACAAAAAUGAGGCAACUCAUUUCUGUUUUGACUGCCCUGCGAUCUUUUGUGCAAACUGCUACAAAAUGCACCAGAAAAGCCACACAGUAAACACUUUGAAAGACAUAAGUGAUGGGAAGAUUGCAAGCAAAGACAGAAAACCAAAACGCCGUCCAGAAUGCCAAACUCAUGAAGGUGAAGUGAUGAGGUUCUACUGUACAACUUGUGAUGUGAUGAUUUGUAGAGAUUGCACUGUCAUAGAUCACCGUAAUCCACCACAUGAGUAUAUUGACUGCAACCAAGCCUCAUCCACAUACAAACAGUCAUUGGCUCAACUCUUUACUCCCCUUGAAGAAACCAUGAAGAAGCUUGAACAAUCUCAAGCAACUGCCUCAACAAUGAAAGACAACCUACAUAUUGCAGCUAAGAGAACCAUGGCAGACUUGAAGAACAGAGCUGAUGAGAUCAGGGCUGAGGUAACAGCUCAAGAGAGUCGCAUCAUGGAUGAAAUACAAACCACCCUUAAAGAUCGCAGCAGGAAAUUGGAGGAAUUUGAGCAAGCAGUGAGGGUAAACUUGCAGCAAAUACAGCAAUCAUUGCAGAGCGCCAAAGAUGUCAGCAAGAGUUCAUUAGCUCCUGACUUCCUUGCAGUCUAUUCUACUAUCAGUCAGGACUUGAAGGGACUCAGAGAUCAAAAUCAACCCAAGAUAGAUUCGACCCUUUCCUAUCUGAGAUUCACUCCAGGGGUUUGUGACUUCUCCCUGGGUAAUCUGAUUAUGAAGGAGCCAAGGUGGGAGCUUUGUUUGGAGUAUGAUAAAGGAAUCAGUCGGCCUUGGGAUAUUGACGCCUCUUUACCUGGGGAUGAGAUAGCAGUGGCAGACCACAUGAAUAGCAGAGUGGUAAUCUACAACACUACAGGACACCAGAAGAAAACUAUUAAUAUACCACGAGAUCCAUUGGCUGUUGCUGCAUUCAAGAAUCAGUUAGUGAUUGUAGAUAAAACCAACUCUGUCAAGAUGUACAAUAGGAAUGGCAAGAAGAUGUUUGAAUUCCACACAGUGCCUCAUAGUGAAGUGGACAUGACAUCAGUAGACCUCCGCAGUGUAGCAGUCAUAAAGGAUACAAUCAUGGUCGGGGAUGUUGGGAGGUCAGUUAUAACUAAACACAGAUCCAGUGCUGGUUCACUGAUAGACACUGUUACAGUUCAGACUAAACCUUGGUACUUGGCCAUUGACAGCAAGGACAGAGUUGUAGUCAGUGGGAGCAGUCAACAACAAGUAGACAUUGUUGGAGUUGAUGGUGGUACACUUGUUAGCAUCAAUCCAAAGGUCAAUAGUCAACCAGUUGAAUACUGCGAAGGUGUAUGCUGUGACAGCUCAGCUAUCUAUAUUGCAGUGUGCAAUGAGGAUUACAACACUGGUCAUAUUCAUCGGUAUGACACUCAGGGUAGAUUUCUCAGCUGUAUUGCUCAGGGUCUGUACAGCCCUUUUGGAAUAUCAUUGACAUCAGAUGGUCAACAGCUUGCAGUGGCAGACUGGGAAUCAGUGAAGAUUUAUAACAAGGUGUAAUGUUAUCUGAUUAUGAUGAUACUGGUAAGAGAAAUAAAUGCUACAAGUACAACAUGUACAUUGACAUGUAAUGACCACAGAGUGUCCAUACAGCUCAAUAAAAAUCAAUCAAGAAUUCAAAAAGAUGUGUGUUAUUCAUUCUUUAAUCAAACAAACAUCUUAUCAGUUUAAAUUGGAAACUCACAUUUAGUUUAAUUGAUCAAUAAUAUCAGUUAAACAUCCACACAAUUGCUUAAUUCAAACCUUAACAUAGUGAACUCUUAGUAGUGUUGAAUUAACUUUUCUUAAAACACCAACAAAUGUUUUGACAUGUGAAUGGACAUGCAGGCUUUCACUGGGAAGAAUUUUAGUUGAUUCAGUUACAGUUUUUUUCUCCCUAAACCACCCUCAGGUUCUUCCAUGAGAAAUGUUACCAGCCUUUGCCCUCCCAUUUUUGUUAUGAUAUUGGAGAGUAAUUCAACACCUUUCAGUAUAAGCCUGCAUGUCCAUUCCAACAUUUAUGGGUUGUUUGAGGUUCUGAAAAGAUUUACAACUACUCUGAAAAAGUGUUAAUGUAACGGUAGAAGAGUGCUCCCUUUAUUGUUGUUCCUGUCCCAUUCAAGAUUGACCAUGUAUACUUUAAUGACUUGUAAUCAGAAAAUAACAUCUCUGCUAGUUGAGUAGAAUUUGUUUUCAUACUAUCAACGUUGAUUUGUAAAAGAACAACUGUUUUACCUUGUUAUCCAUUAUCUUUCUCUACUGUCUAACCAAUCUUAACUUCAGGAUUUUAUAUGAUUUUGUUUUUAUGUAUUAAAAAUGCCAACAAAAUGUUCCACACAGGGAUCAUACAAUUGUGAUGGUAGAAAUUGUCUAUUCAAGAUUGACAAAGUCUACUUCAUUGAUUUGUAAUCAGAAAUAUAAGAUGCUGUGUUAGUUGAGCAGAAUUCAUUUUAUAAACAUCAUGGUUGACUUGCAAAGGAACAAUGGUUUACUAUGUUUAUUGUUAUGUUCUUAUAAUGCUCUAUGGCCUAAUUGUAUUGUAUUCUAAUGUAAUACGUUUGUAGUAUUUGUUGUUGAAUAUAAUAGUAAGCAAACAAAUUGCAGAUCAGCCAAAAUAAUGAGGAGCAUUGAAAGGUCAACUCUGAUACCAAUUUUUAAACAAUUACCAGAAAGACUUUGCAACAGACAUCUACUGAAAACACAUUUUACAUUGUUUCGAACCUGUUGCUAGUAGGCUCUUGUGUAAUUUAUGACUAGACAGAUAUUUUUAGUUCAUUAAACUGAACUUGAUUGUUGCUCUGAUAUACAAAGUUUGAAAUCCUACUUGUAUGUAGUUGUUGACCAACUUACUGACACUACAAUCUGAGAAUGAGUAAAUACGGAGUUCCCCCAACUUGCCUGCUAAGCUGGAUGGCUUGAUACUAAGCACUCUAAAUACUCCUGGAUGACCCUGAAUGUGGGUCAGAUUGAUCCAAACAUGAGUCAGGUCUAAUUGGAUCUAGAGUCAGGACGAGUAAAUUAUAGAGUUCCUCCGACUUCCCUGGUAAGCUGGAUGGCUUUAUACUAAGCACUCUAAAUACUCCUAGAUGACCCUGAAUGUGGGUCAGAUUGAUCCAAACAUGGGUCAGGUCUAAUUGGAUCUAGAGUCAGGAUGAGUAAAUAUAGAGUUCCCCAACUUGCCUGAUAAGCUGGAUGGCUUUAUACUAGGCACUCUAGAUACUCCUGGAUGACCCUGAAUGUGGGUCAGAUUGAUCCAAACAUGGGUCAGGUCUAAUUGGAUCUAGAAUCAGGGUCAGUUCUGAGUCAGGAGUUUUUAGAGUACAUGGCAACUGUGAAGUAGGUUUUCUCUUGUAGACACAAUUAAUAGUCUGAUCAUGGUGUGGAAAAAGUAGAUCUAGAAAUAUUUGACUCUGAAUCAAUAAACACCAUUGAUCACAGAAUUGAUUGAAAUUUCUGAUGACAUAACUUCUUAAUGGUCUAUGUAGAUUGUUGUAUUCCUAUAUCUUCAUUUGACAAUUGAACUUGUUAUUAUAAAUGAUUCUUCCAAUUGACUGUGAUUACUUUGAUGUUAAGAAACAAGUGUACAUUAUGAUCAAGUCAUAUCAAUAUAAACAUUUGUUUGGUAUUAACCAAUGAAGGAAGUUCAGUCUAUUUUCUAUAAUCAAGAUUUUUCCUGUUUGACAUUUAUUGGGAGUUAAUUUUACCGGACUAAGAUUGUUUAUCUGUAGUUAGUUCUAAAACAGUAGUUUAGUAAAUGUUUCAAACUAGGUUUGAUCUGUGUUUAUAUGUUUUUAUGUACUGGACACUAUUGGUAAUUACUAAAAAUGUAGAUUGUUGUAUUCCUAUAUCUUCAUUUGACAAUUGAACAUUACCGCCGAGCGGUUAAGAGCACCGAAUUCAGACUCUGGUGUUUCUGACCAGCAGAGUGUGGUUUCGAAUUCCCAGCCGCGACACCUGUGACCUUAAGCAAGACACUUAAAGGAACAUGUUGCCUUGGAUCGUUCGAGUUGGUCUUUGAAAAGCAUUUGUAAC